GAUGAAUUGCCUGUGAUAAAAAAUCUAAAGUUAUUGUUAGUAAUAGGAUUUUUCUUAAUGGUAUUUGUUAUUGAUUUAAUUAUUCAAGUAUUUUACUCUUCACCUUUUGAGAAGCAGUUGCAAGAAAAUGAAUUCAAGCAAUAUUGUCUUUACUUGAACAAAACAGCUGUAAGAAAGUUCAUCUUUCCAUUGUUGAAAAAUGAACUAGGAGCUAGGGAACGAUGUCGUUCCCUGAGCCCUUAGUUUCCUUUUCUUUUUUUCUUUUCUUUUUUGGGUAAUUAACGUUUUUCAAUUUUUUAAAUUAAGAAAUUUAAAAAAAAAUAAAAAAUCAUCCAAAACGACUUAAUUUUGGUUAGUAAACGGCAGCAUUUGACAGAAGGUUAACGGAGGACUGUAUUGAUAAAAUUUGAAACUUAAAUAUUGAAAUGACAAAACUGAAAUUUAAAGGACUAAAAUGACAAAAUGUGAAACUUAGAGGGUCAGUUUUACAUUUUAACCUAGAUUUUAAGCUAGAAAGAGAGCUUUGAGGAAGUACAAAAGACUACUCUGAAAGAAUAACUUAGAAGCUUUAGGAUCAAGCUGGUCGAUCUGAUCAAUAAGCAAAGCGGCUAUAGAAGCUGAAAUCAAUAGUGCAGUGGUUGACUACAUCAACAAGUCUAAAUACUUUGUAGUUUUUCCAUAUGUCUACUAUUACCGCUUUGUUAAUCACUAUACAUCUUUGUUUCAUCACCUAAUGCACAUAUAUGAUUCCCUCAAGGAUUGUCAGGUCUCAUUCCCGACUGCAUAACAGAAAGGAAAAUGAGCUUCUAUGCAUAAUACUACUUUGAUUAUCAAAAACAUAGACAAUAAAUUAAGGCUUGUAACAGUGGAAACGGAUCAAUCAAGGUUGAUUUUCCUUUUUGGUGAAUAAUAAGAAGUUUUUUUUGAAGAACACCAGAUUACAGAAAACAAGAGGAGCUAGCCCAUCAGCCCACUGGAGCUCCAAACCAGAGAGGGGCUGGGAUAGUUCCCCACCUUCCCAAACAAAAGAGCCCACUGGGCUAAAGCAAUCUAUCUAAGGUUGAUUGACUUGAAUAAAAGAAUCACAAUCACAUGCAAUGUAUGUAAAAAUCAAAAUGAGUUACAACAAACUUGGCUAAACAAAUCUAUUAAUUUGUCCGAAUCCGUUUUACAUCACUGCUGAAACCAAAGCUUAGCACAUGCCUCUUUUUUAGUUAGUCAAACUUUGUACGAAACUUGUACAUCUAUAAUCUGUGAACUGUGAUAAUCAAUCUAAAAUAUAAUUACCCUAUAAUCAAGACAUGUGUCAUGGCACGUGGUUGGAUUUUGAAUGAGUUCAACUUAAAAUGUUGAAUAUCAUAGGAGCAAAUCACGGCAACCAAUAGAGGGUCAUGACUCCUGACUCGUGUGGUGUGGGUGUGUAACAAACAAAUUAAGAACUAGCUAGUUGGAAAAGCGAGUCAGGACUUUGGAAAAAAAAACACCGACAGACCGACACAUUGCCCGCCUAAUUUGGUGGCCAUUUAACAUGGGGGCUUUUUACCUUCUUAUUUGCCUCCAUCUUUCUUUCAAACUUUAGCAUAUAAAUAUUGUCCCACCCUAUGCCCUUUUAUUUUUAAAAUCACCAAAUUACUUAAAGGCUUCUUUUUCUUGGUCUAUUUAAAACACUUUCUAGCUGCUUCUUCCACCGCAAAACAAUAUGGCUUUGCUUCUGUCUUUUCUUUUUGUGUUUUUCUUCUUUCUGUGCAACGGUUCUGCUUCUGCAGCUAUACCUCUACAUCUUGAUGACCUCCUCCCAAAUGGGGACUUCGAAGAAUCACCAGCAAAAUCAAACCUGAAGAAGACAGUGAUAAUAGGGAAAUACUCUCUCCCAAAAUGGGAAAUCAACGGCUUGGUGGAGUAUGUGUCAGGUGGCCCCCAGCCAGGUGGUUUCUUCUUUGCCAUUCCUCGUGGGGUCCACGCGGUGAGACUAGGCAAUGAGGCCUCCAUCUCACAGAAUGUGACAGUCAAUCCAGGCUCAAUCUACUCUCUCACAUUUGGGGCUACAAGGACCUGUGCUCAAGACGAGGUUCUACGGAUCUCGGUCCCUGGUUACUCAGCAGACCUUUCUAUUCAGACCCUUUAUAGUAGCGAUGGGGGUGACACUUAUGCUUGGGCUUUCAUGGCUACCUCUAAGGUUGUUAAGGUCACAUUUCACAACCCUGGGGUUCAGGAGGACCCCACUUGUGGACCCCUCUUGGAUGCUAUUGCAAUCAAGGAGCUGUUGCCUCUCAAGUAUUCUAAAGGUAACCUAGUAAAAAAUAGCGACUUUGAAAUUGGCCCCCAUGUGUUCAAGAACUUCUCAACUGGAAUCCUCCUCCCUCCCAAGCAACUAGACCUAAUUUCACCACUUCCCGGCUGGAUCAUUGAGUCCCUCAAACCAGUGAAGUACAUUGACAAGAAGCACUUCUUCGUACCCUCAGGACUCGCUGCAAUUGAAUUGGUUGCAGGGAGAGAAAGUGCCAUUGCCCAAAUCAUUAGAACAGUUCCCAACAAGUUCUACAACCUCACAUUCACCAUUGGAGAUGCAAAGAAUGCCUGCCAUGGCUCUAUGAUGGUAGAAGCCUUUGCUGCUAAGGAAACUCUUAAAGUUCCAUAUGAAUCACAAGCAAAGGGUGGGUUUAAAACUGCAAGUUUCAAGUUCCAAGCAAUUUCCGCCAGGACAAGGAUAACAUUUUUCAGUGCCUACUAUCACACAAGGCUUCAUGACUAUGGUCAUAUGUGUGGCCCUAUCUUGGAUAAUAUUAGGGUAUUUCCUGUCUAUUAGCUGCUAGUAUGGUAAUUGUUUAUCAACAAUACAGGGGGUUUUGGAAUAAAUUUGUAACCGCAAAAUGUUUUACCUUUCUUAAUGUUUAGAAAGGUCGUCUGAGCUCAUAUAUAGUUUUUAUUUAUCUU